UAGUCUACGCUGCCAAUAAAAAGUCUAAAUUUUUUUCACCGUAUAAUUUCAAAAUUGUUUUGUUCAAGAAAAUCGACACAAACUGUUUUUUUUACGCUCAGUAACGAAGGUUUUAUGUCACACAUUGAAGAUGAAAUAACAUUCACGCCCUUUACGGAAUUUGAAGAACAGUAUACAUCAUAUAAGAAAAUUAAAAAUCUGAAACUGUUUAGAAAAUAUCAACAAUGGAAAUGUCUGCACUUCUGGUAUAAAUUUAUUUCAUGGAAAAAGUAUAAUCACACGCGUCAAGAAUUACAAAUUCCCCUGACAGUAUUUCUUCUGAGUACUCCACUACGAGACACGUCGUUACAAAUAUCCGAAGUUAUUAACGAGAUUAUGGAAAUAUUUUUGUAUGAUGGUUCUGUGUCCGAAGACAAUACUCUCCAACAAUUUAAAGAACAGCAGAUGGAGAGUAUUACCACAGCUAUUAAGACAUUGAAAGACUUUCGGUUGACAAUCAAAAAAUUGAUGUUAGUUGCAUGUGAAAACGUACUGAAAGAAUCUGGGUUCACUAUUGAUGAUUCGGAAUUUAAUAAGAACUAUAAGGAAACUUUUGACUUGGACGUUAUACUAUAUAACAUGCCGUUCGAACAGAAGCGGUCCAAGCUGAAAGUUUGCAAGAGAAUAUGUCGUUUUAUCACGUGCAUUGAUUUCUUUUUACAAUCGAAUUUUCACAAGUUCGUCCAAAAACAAAUCAUACGGUUUGAGGCAGACGUGUACAAGCACUAUAAGUACAUUCCUAGUGAAGAUUUACUAACCGGAACUGACGUUGAAACCGUACUGGAAGGUGAUAGGUCUUUAGAUGACCCCAAGUCUCCAUUGUUCAUAGUCGAGGUUUACUUAACAAAAACAGGUAUCAAGUUCAAUUACUCCCUAAACGAUUACACCACAUACGUAUCAUUUUUAAUGGAAGACUGGAAAACUAUAAUGAUUACUCACUUCACUCCACUCCUGGAUGACGUCGAUUUCAACAGUUUUAUACGUCCCUCGAUCUGUGGUAAAAUGGCCGAUCGAUUGUGCGGCGAUGGACCACCAUUACAAUUUUUAUUUGAUAUCGACGAAGUAUAUAAGUUUACUAUGGAAAAAAUAUUGAAUUAUAUCAGUAUAAACUUUGAAGCAGUUUGUAAGUACUUAGAACGGGUGGAAUACGUUUACAAUAUCUAUAAAGAAAAUGAAGACUUGGAUCGAGGGAUUAUUCGAAACGAAACCAGCUUAACGAAUUUUCGAAAAAUGUUAGAGAAAUAUAAACAGCAACUAUACGAUGUGAAUAAAAUAAAUUCCAAUCAAAUGAUAGGCAUGUUUAAUAUAAAAUUCCAUUUAUUGAAAAAUAUUGCUAGACCUACCUGUAAUUUAUUAUUAGAACUAGUAGAGGAGACACUGGCCAAAGUGGGAAAACAGUUGGUAAAAGAACUAUUAACUGAAAUAAAUGAAUCCCUCAAAUAUCUCUACACCACUCCAUCUAACGCCACACAAUUUGUAGAUUAUAAAAAGUUUUUACAAACAUAUACUAAAAGGUUAGAAGAAUUAGAUGUCGAACUAAAUUAUAUUAAGGAACUUUAUGAAUUAGCUGAAGAAUUUGAAAUACCUAUUGCUGAUGAAGAUACUGAUAAUUACGAUAGAUUCUCGGAAGAAUUAACUACUUUACAGAUAGAAUUUGAGGAUAUUUCUAAUGAUCAAGAUAAUCUCGUUGAUGAUUUCAUCAAAACAAUCGAUUCUCAAAUAGUAGACAUGCUUCGAGAAAUGUGGAACAUGUAUUAA